AUGCUAGAAGAGAACAAACUGGGAAAUAUCUACUUUAUACCAAAUCAUUUUAAGGACAGCUUGGGAGGUGCGAAAAAGAUGAAAAUUACUGGGCAGAAAAGGUCUGCUCCAGCUCCUACCCAAGGUCCCACCAGUGCUGGGGUUGCAGGGCCACCUUCUGCUACCAACGUGUCAAGUAGCAAACGGCUGCAGCAGACACAAGCCCGGGUGGAUGAGGUGGUAGACAUCAUGAGAAUGAAUGUGGACAAGGUGCUAGAAAGAGACCAGAAGCUAUCAGAGCUUGACAACCGGGCAGACGCAUUGCAAGCAGGUGCCUCACAGUUUGAAACCAGUGCAGCCAAACUGAAGAGAAAAUACUGGUGGAAAAAUUGCAAGAUGAUGAUCAUCCUUGGUGUAGUAUGUGCAGUCAUUCUCAUUAUAAUUAUAAUUUAUUUCUCCACUUGAAAAAGCGAAGAAGGAAGACUUGGCGCAACUUUGUUCAUAUCAACUAAUGAUAUCAGUGUUCCUUUGUUGAACUCCGCUUUUUAAUUCCCAGUGUCUUGGGAUUUUUGCUUGUAAUAACCCAUAAGCAUUCAGUGUGGUGUGUUUUGGAAUUCUGUUGUUUCCACAAGAAACUGUACCAGCUAAAUACUGCCAAGUAGUUCCAUACACUGUCUUAUCACUAUGUCUUAAAAUGUGUACGCACUGACCUUCAGAAACCGUAGUAUACGAAAAGCAUCCUAAACAUCUCAGAAUCAGAGAAUGCAGCUAUGGGGAAGCUCCUGCUUAAAAGGACACUGUCAGGUGGAUUGGACCCAAACCUAAGGUUGCAGCAAACGUUAGGGCCAAAAUUCUUAAUCUGAGCACCUACAGUUGGGUGGCAAAAUCCACUAUCAGAUGUAACUUUUUGAGGUAGUGAGUAUUUGCUACUCCCAUUGAAGAGAGUGGUAACUACAAGUAUUCAUGUAAAACAUCUUAUUUCAACUUAGCCAAUCAAACACAGAUUAUUUUUUUUAUAUU